AUGGAAGAAAAUAUAGAAGACUUGUUUGCUGCACUGACAACAACAACUUUAUCCGAUGAUAUUCUUUCUAAAAUAUCAAAUCUUCUUCAAGAAUUAGAUGUUCAAUUCUUAUUAAAAUUUAUUUCUGAAAAUUUUGAUUUUUUAUUUAAACUCGAACAUUGGGCUUGGAAAAUGCUUAGUGAAAAUACAUAUCAAUGGAUAAAUCAAUUCAAAUAUUUAAAAUUAUUUCAUAAUCUUGCUUCAUUUAAUAAAAACUUAAUUUUUACUUUGGAUACAAUGGAUCCAGAUAAAAAAGUUUCUCUUCUUUUUCCUGAAACAACAGAUUUGAUUAAUGGUAUAUUUGAACAAAUUCAAAAAAGUACUGAUGAACAUGAUCCAUACUUUAUUAUAAUUAGUCUUUGGUUUGAUAAUCUUUCAUAUUUCAUUCAUGAACAUACACAAUUUGCACUGGUACCAAUCAUUACUGACAUCAAUUAUUCUAUUGCAUGUAAAUUUAUGAUGACUGAUCAAUAUAAAUUUUAUUUAACUCAAUUGCAAACAUCACAAAUAUCACAAUCAAUAUUUACUUAUAAACAAUUAUUCUAUAUGAAAACAUGUUCGUUAUCAAUAAGUUCUUAUUGUUUUUGUAAAAAUCAAAAUUUUCCUUAUACUGGUGAUGAAAUUCUUCGUUAUUUUGCAAAAGAUUAUUUAAAUAUAAUUUAUAUUCAUAGUUUUAGUGUUCAAUUAUGGAGUAAAGAAUUACUUGGUUGUAUUACAUAUAUAAUGAGUUUAGUCAAUGUAUAUUGUUGUUGGGAUGGUGAUAAAGCUAAAUACAUUGCAAUACUUUUACCAUCCGAAGAAAUAUCUCAUGAACAUAUACAAUCAUUAAUACAUAUAAUUGGUUAUAAACCAUUGCAUCAGAAAAUUCAAACUCAACGAUUUAAUGAUGAAACAAUUCUCAUUGAUAAUAUUUUAAGUUUUUUAUUAGCUAUAUUACAUACGUAUGAUUCAAUUUCUUUUAUACGUUUUGAAACAAAUUUAUUAGAAAUACUUUUACCAUUAGCUGAAACAUCCGUAUAUGGUCGAAUUAGUCUAUCUGCAUAUGGUUUAUUAGGAGAAAUUGUAUGUGAUGAACAUUUAAAACAAGUCAAAAUAACUGAUAAUCUGUGUGAAUAUUUCUUUUAUAUGCUUGAACAAGCUUGGAAUCAUCCAAAACAAAAAUCUCAACGGGUAUUAAUAUCACAAUUACUUCGAGGUUUUUUAAGUCUAGCAAAAAAUGAUGCAAUACAACAAAAGGUUGCUGACACAAAGAAAGUGUUAUUUUUAAUUGAAAUGUGUGAUCAAUAUCCAAUAGUAUAUGAUAUUCUAUGGGCACUUUCAUUCAAUCAUGAUAUUCAACAACAACUUCGAUCUAAUCAAAAGUUAAUGCUUAGAUUAACUCAUUUAAAACAAGAAUUACAUCAAGAACCAAUGGGAAAAAUAACAUAUGGAAUACUAUGGAAUUUAAAAUCUAUGUAUGAAGAUCGUGAAUUAACAGAAAAAAAUGAUGAAACAAUGUUUGAUAUCAUGAUUAGUUAUUCACAUAAAGAUAAAUUGUUCUGUAAACAAUUAUAUGAUGAACUUAUUAAAAUUGGUUAUCGUGUAUGGAUUGAUUUUGAUCAAAUACAUGGUAAUGUUAUGGAUGCAAUGGCACAAGCCAUUGAAAAAUCAAAUAUAAUUCUAAUUUGUAUGAGUGAACAAUAUCGAAGAAGUAAUUAUUGUCGAGCAGAAGCAAAUUAUGCAUUUCGACGUCGAACUAGAAUUAUUCCAAUACUUUUACAAGAACAUUAUCAACCCGAUGGUUGGUUAUUAUUUCUUGUUGGUCAAUUACUUUAUGUUGAUUUUACUAAAUAUGAAUUUUCAGAAGCUAUGAAAAUGUUAAUCAAAGAAAUAAAAGCUCCUGUUUUACAAGAUGAUAAUCUUCAACAAAUCGAAUCUAGAGAUGAAAGAAAUAUUUUAACUUCUAAUUCAUCAAUACAUCAAUCAAGAUCAAUAUUACCUAUACUUUCAGAUAAUAUUUUAGAAUGGACUCCGACUGAUAUUCAACAUUGGUUAAUUGGACAUAAUCUUAUACAAAUGUCUCGUCUUUUAUCGGAUUAUAAUGGUUCAAGUUUAAUCAAUUUAAAUAAAUAUUUAACAAAUGGUGAAUCACAACAAAUUUUAAAAUUACUUCAAGAAGAUUCUCUUCGACGAACAAAUCAAAGUUUAUCACUUAUCGAAUUAGCUCGUUUACAAAAUCUUGUCGAUGAACAACAAAAAAUUCUCGAAACUAAAAGUUCUGAAAAAAGAACUAAAAACAAAAUUAAUGGUCGACUUAUACCGAGUAGUUGUAAUUUUUGUCAAAUAAUCUAA